AUGUGUCUUCAACAGGCACAAGACACAGGAAACAGAAACAGGAGUCAUCAGCAGUCACAAGACACAGGAAACAGAAACAAGAGUCAUCAGCAGUCACAAGACACAGGAAACAGAAACAGGAGUCAUCAGCAGUCACAAGGUACAGGAAACAGAAACAGGAGUCAUCAGCAGUCACAAGGUACAGGAAACAGAAACAGGAGUCAUCAGCAGUCACAACAUACAGGAAACAGAAACAGGGGUCAUCAGCAGUCACAAGGUACAGGAAACAGAAACAGGAGUCAUCAGCAGUCACAAGGUACAGGAAACAGAAACAGGAGUCAUCAGCGGUCACAACAUACAGGAAACAGAAACAGGAGUCAUCAGCAGUCACAAGGUACAGGAAACAGAAACAGGAGUCAUCAGCAGUCACAAGGUACAGGAAACAAACAGGAGUCAUCAGCAGUCACAAGGUACAGGAAACAGAAACAGGAGUCAUCAGCGGUCACAACAUACAGGAAACAGAAACAGGAGUCAUCAGCAGUGACAAGGUACAGGAAACAGAAACAGGAGUCAUCAGCAGUCACAAGGUACAGGAAACAGAAACAGGAGUCAUCAGCAGUCACAAGGUACAGGAAACAGAAACAGGAGUCAUCAGCAGUCACAAUACAGGAAACAGAAACAGGAGUCAUCAGCAGUCACAACAAACAGGAAACAGAAACAGGAGUCAUCAGCAGUCACAAGGUACAGGAAACAGAGACAGGAGUCAUCAGCAGUCACAACAUACAGGAAACAGAAACAGGAGUCAUCAGCAGUCACAACAAACAGGAAACAGAAACAGGAGUCAUCAGCAGUCACAACAUACAGGAAACAGAAACAGGAGUCAUCAGCAGUCACAACAUACAGGAAACAGAAACAGGAGUCAUCAGCAGUCACAAGGUACAGGAAACAGAAACAGGAGUCAUCAGCAGUCACAACAUACAGGAAACAGAAACAGGAGUCAUCAGCAGUCACAACAUACAGGAAACAGAAACAGGAGUCAUCAGCAGUCACAACAUACAGGAAACAGGAGUCAUCAGCAGUCACAAGUACAGGAAACACCAGCAGUCACAGGUACAGGAAACAGAAACAGGAGUCAUCAGUCACACAGAAACACAACAUACAGGAAACAGAAACAACAGGAGUCAUCAGCAGUCAGCAGUCACAAGGUACAGGAAACAGAAACAGGAGUCAUCAGCAGUCACAACAUACAGGAAACAGAAACAGGAGUCAUCAGCAGUCACAACAUACAGGAAACAGAAACAGGAGUCACCAGCAGUCACAAGGUACAGGAAACAGAAACAGGAGUCAUCAGCAGUCACAACAUACAGGAAACAGAAACAGGAGUCAUCAGCAGUCACAACAUACAGGAAACAGAAACAGGAGUCACCAGCAGUCACAAGGUACAGGAAACAGAAACAGGAGUCAUCAGCAGUCACAAGGUACAGGAAACAGAAACAGGAGUCAUCAGCAGUCACAAGGUACAGGAAACAGAAACAUGUGUCCUCAACAGACACAAGUGACGGGGAAUAA